AUGGACCCUCGGCGAGCGCGCGACCCUCGUCUUGCCCGUGCAGACCCGCGCCUGCAGCGGUCACACUCUGGUACGCCGACACACCCAUCAGCGCCGCCAGCACAAGUCCAGUCCUCCGCAUCCUACCCGACCCAAGCUCCCCAAAGCUCCUUUUCCUUAUAUCCAACCGCAACACCCCCACAAUACCCCGGAGCCACAACUUCGAACCAGCAGCUUGCCGAAGAGGCCCAAGGUGCCGCCGCAAUCCCCCAAGCGCCAACGCCGCCUCAGUCCACUAUCUACAGGCCCCGCCCGCUUUUCUGUGUCGUAUGUGCGAGCAACCAGAAUCGAUCUAUGGAGGGCCACUACGUGUUGUCGAAGGCCGGAUACAGGGUGGUCUCGUACGGCACGGGAUCCGCAGUGCGUCUGCCCGGCCCCGCCAUUGACAAGCCGAAUAUUUACCCGUUCGGGACACCGUACAACGACAUGUACGAGGAGUUGCAGGGGCAGGACCCCCGUCUGUAUACCGCCAAUGGCCUCUUGCAGAUGCUCGACCGCAAUCGCCGGCUAAAGCUGGCCCCCGAACGGUGGCAGGACAGCAGGACGGUUGCAGACGUCGUCAUAACCUGUGAAGAGCGGUGUUUCGACGCUGUGGCUAAACGGCGUUUCGCAGAUUUGCUGGCAAGGGGAGGGGAUUUCAACAAGCCGGUGCAUGUCAUCAAUAUUGAGAUCAAGGAUAAUCAUGAAGAGGCCCACAUCGCUGGCAAAGCGAUCGUGGACUUGGCGGCCGCGAUCGAGGCAUCCGGCGACGUGGACGAGGAUAUGGAUAAAAUUCUCCAGACUCACCAGGAGAAGCAUCCGCACAGCCUACUGCACGCUGUGGCUUACUACUAA